UCAUCGUAUACAUCAAUGAGUUGAACCAAAAUUAAAACAUUCUUCAUUAUUGUUUUGCCUUUUCCCAUUCGAUUCGUCAAAGUUUUGCUGUGGCUGUAAGUCGAAAGUAGUGGAUUUUGUUUUAUUUGCUCGUUUUAUUUCGAUACAGAGAGUUUCGUUAUGUUCAUUGUGUCAUCGUUUGUACGUGAGCUUUAAGAGUGUGAGUUCAAAUCACAGCAACGACAUCAGUGUAGAUUUGUUACGUGUUUUGUGAUAAUAAUAAUAAUAAUCGUGCAUGUGAAUCAUCGUCCGUUUGUUUGCGUUUACAAAUACAGUCGACGUAAAUGUCUAAUUGCAAAGUGUCAUUUUAGUAAAUAGUGUCCAUAUCAAUCGCAAAUACAACGACGGAAUAAAACACUUAUCGCAAACAUACACAUACAAACCGGACAUAAUUGAUUUUGUUUUUUUUUCGCUCGCUCGGCUUGUUUUGAAUUACGUGCAAAUUGAUCGAAUCUAUUGAAAAUGUGGAGUCCAACACACAUUCAAGUUACAGUUUUAAGUGCAAAAGGUUUGCUGACAAAAGGUAAAAAUGGCACAAACAACUGUUUCGUCACGAUUGCAUUGGGAAAGGAAAAGUACCAAACAUCGAUCAAAGAAAAAGCCAUACAAAAUGUUGAAUGGCGUGAAGAAUGUGAAUUAACAAUUCCGGAGCGUGGUAAUCGUGCUGAAUUGGUGUUAACAUGUUUGCACCGUAACAAUUUGGGUAUGGAUGAAUUCUUGGGUCAAGUAACACUUCCGCUAAAUGAGAUGGAUGCCUACGAACGGCCAAGAUCCCGUUUGUAUAAAUUACAAAGUAAACCGGGCAAAGAUAAAAAGGAUAAAGAGCGUGGAGAUUUGGAGGUUCGUGUUGCGUUCACCGUUAAGGCUGGUUCAUUGACCGAUUUGAGUAAAAAAGAGAAGAACAAAUCAUCCACGCUGGGCUUAGGUGGCAGCCUAUUAAGUUUGAAUACGCUGGAGAAGCGAAAGAGUUUAAAGAAAUUCGCCAAAUCGAUUGGUUCGAAAAUGCACAUCAGUAGCAAGAAGAAGGAUAAAGACACUGAUUCGAUUUCAAGUAGUGUAUCUAGUUUGAGUAUGACCGGUAGUAAUCGUUUUGAUGAUAGACGAUUUGAAGGUACUCAAGCACGUGGCGAUGCUGAUCCGGGUGUGAUUAGUGAAGACGACGAUGAAUUUGCUUUUGACAAUUUAUCGAAUAAAAGUUCGGCCAGUUCAAUAAAUUUGAAGUCGAAAACAUUACAAAAUACACCACAAGCACCAUCGCCACUUGCUCGUCAAUCGUAUUCAUCAUCAUUUGCCAAUGUAAAUAUGGUCGUUGAUGAUGAACCACCACGAAUUACCGCACCAAAACCAGAAGUGGCAAAACGACAAUCACUCCAAGUCGAUGAAUGGGAAACAAAAUUGUACGGUAAAAAUGUAGAUGCAAUGACCGAUUCACUUAAAAGGCGAUCAUGGGAACCACAAAAACGAGUUGAACAAUCGAAUCCAUUUGAUGAAGAAAACGAAACCAAACAAUCAACAUUGAACAAUUCAAAUCCAUUUGACGACGAUAUCAAUACAAAUCCAUUUGAUGAGACUACACAAAAUGAUAUUAUCGAUAGUGUACCGCAAAAAACCUAUGAAUUGUCAUCGACAUUGCCACGCGAUACAUCGCAUAAGGAAAAGAAAGAAAAAUCUGAAAAACGUUUUACAAAUAAAUUAAAGUACUUCCGAAAAGACAAACACAACGAUGCUUCGGACGAAGUACAUUCAAACAAAAAUACACCAAAUCAACAACGUCAAUUUGGCGAACGCAUUAUUGUCGGACAUGAGAAUGAUAUUCUCGGUCAUAAGACGGUUGAAGUACCGCCGGCAUUGUUGAAAAAAUAUGAAGGGAAAUCGAGAGAAGAAAUGAUUCUAUUAGCAAAUUCUUUGGAGAAUGAAGUCAAAUCACAGAAGAACAAAAUGAAAGAGAUGGAAGACUAUUUAGACAAUUUGCUAUUGCGUGUGAUGGAAACACAUCCGAAAAUCUUACAAAAUCCAUAUCGAAUGCAAUCAUCAGUUAAAAGUGGUUGAAGCGUCGUCAUCAUUGGACACGUUAUAGAAUAAAGAGCCUUUUGUCCGUUCCAAGUUUACACAUACUCGCACGUAAAAAUGCCGACAUGAACAAUAAACAACAAAGCAUGAAUUAAUCGAAUUAAUUUUUAUACACAAAUACCUACACUGUUUUUAUCCGAGUGGCCUUUUUACUAAAAUUAAUCAAAAUAAUUGUUGAAUUUUGCUAUUUUAUAAAAAAAAAUUAUUAGCAAACUAGAUGUAAAAUAAUUACUAAUCGAAUAUUUUGUCUUUAAAACUCGAACAAAUUGAUUGAAUCCAAGAAUGCGCGCAGUUUAUUUAUGAAAUCGCCUUAUCAAAAUCAAGUGUGAUCAAAAACAACCUAUAUUGAACAAAAACCGAAAUCGGGAAUCUAAAGUAUAUAUUUUUACACGAAUCUUCACUAAUUAGAAAAUGCAACUGAUUUUUUUUAGUCCAAUUCUUAUAUUUGUAGAUAAUGUCUAAUUUAUUUAAACAAAAUGGAAAUUCAUAUGCGCGUUGAAUUCUGGUUUUCUAACGAUAGAAAAAAAAAAUCAAGCAUAUAUUGAACAUA